AAAGUAGAAUUACCGGAAACCCUUAUUUGACGUUACUUGAUUUGACGUACUCUGUUGAUAACUUCCUUCUAGUCCUUUAGUUUAUUCGUUUAGAAUGGGUAUCAGCCGAGAUCAUUGGCAUAAACGGAGAGCUACCGGAGGUAAAAGAAAGCCCCUCCGUAAGAAGAGGAAGUUUGAAUUAGGACGUCCAGCUGCUAACACAAAGUUAGGACCUCGCAGAAUCCACUAUGUCCGUACGCGAGGGGGUAAUUUGAAAUACCGUGCCCUAAGAUUAGAUACCGGUAAUUUUGCAUGGGGUAGUGAAGGUACUGCUCGUAAAACUCGUAUUAUAGAUGUUGUUUACAAUGCCAGUAAUAAUGAACUGGUACGUACCAAAACUUUGGUAAAAAAUGCAAUUGUGGUUGUUGAUGCCACUCCAUUCAGACAGUGGUAUGAAAAUCACUAUAUUCUACCUUUAGGGCGAAAGAAGGGAGCAAAGUUGACUGCCGAAGAAGAAGGUAUUUUCAAUAAAAAACGUAGUAAAAAAGUACAGAAAAAAUAUGAAAUUAGGCAAAAGACAGCAAAGGUGGAACCUGCUCUUGAAGAACAGUUCCAAACUGGUAGAUUGUUAGCUUGCUUAGCAUCAAGACCCGGUCAAUGUGGAAGAGCAGAUGGUUACAUAUUGGAAGGAAAAGAACUUGAAUUCUACAUCCGUAAAAUUAAGUCUAAGAAAGCUAAAUAAAUGUUUUUAUAGGUGAGACAAUAAAACUUAACAAACACGUAUCAAGUUUUUUUACUCU